CUGAAGCUGUACCCGGUAGAAGCUGUGGCUGUGGCUGAGGCUGUGGCUGAAGCUGUACCCAUGGUAGAAGCUGUGGCUGAAGCUGCACCCGUGGUAGAGGCUGUGUCCGAAGCUGCACCCGUGGUAGAAGCUGUGGCUGAAGCUGAAGCUGCACCCGUGGUAGAGGCUGUGUCCGAAGCUGCACCCGUGGUAGAGGCUGUGGCUGAGGCUGUACCCGUGAUUGAGGCUAUCGCUGAAGCUGUACCCAUGGUAGAGGCUGUCGCUGUAGCUGUACCCGUGAUUGAGGCUAUCGCUGAAGCUGCAUCAGGGAGUGAAUCCAUUGGAGAAACUGCUGCUGCAUCCAUAGCUGAAAGUAUUGCAGCUCCACCUGCUGAGGAAUCUGAAGUUUCUCCCCCAGAGCCUACAGCCGAGCUUGUGGCUGACGUUUCUGCUCCUGUUGACGGUGCUGAUGAGCUAGUGGACCCUGCUCCAGUUGUAGCUGAAACUGCAGGAGAAGAACUGCAAAUGGAGGCCCCGGCUGAACCAGUUGAACCACUUGAGGGUCAUCUGGACCCCAUUCAGAAGCUCUUCCUGGACUCCAUACGCGAAUAUUCCACAAAAAGCCAGGCCAGUGGAGGAGUCGUUGAUGCCGGCUCAGAUUUUGAGAAGACUUUAGCAGAGGAGAUAACCAAGCUUCAGAGACUCUAUGGUGGUGGAGACCUCUCUUCUUUUCCGGAGUUUAAAUUCACAGAGCCCAAGUUGGACGAAGUGUCGCAGACGUAAACAUCAGCACUUUUCAUUCAGUCUUUUCUACUUGUUCCUGUUACUUGUUCAUUCAACAGUCUGCUUAUUGUCACCUUUAGCCUGUUUUUGUGUUAACAACAGAGCUUGUUCAAUUGUUACGUCUUCUAUGUAAAAGGAAAAUAAAGCCUCAGGUUUUGUCCAUG